CUUUUGCAUAACUACUCGACACCUGCUUCUAUUCUUCAACCCCCUUCGUUCUCAUACAUAUUUCUGUAAUACUAUUUUUUUCUCUUUCUUCACAAUGGUCAAAGGAAACCGCAUCGAGUUUGAGCUUGACCAGCCGGAGAUAAUACUGCGCGGCAUGGUCGAUGAGGCGUCAGGGACGAUUUUCUCCGGGACCCUGGUGGUGAACCUGUCCGAGUCCAUCCGGGUCAAAGGGCUGAGCAUGAGCUUGACCGGGUGCGAGCACCUCGAGUGGGACUACCACAGCGACGACCUCCUGGCGACGUUCCACCGCGAGACAGACGGACGCAAAGUCGAGACAUGGGAGGCUGGGCGGCACGAGUUCCCGUUCUCAUUGGUGUUUCCUGGCACAUUGCCCGAGACAAUCAGCAUUCCGUACGCCAACGUCACAUACACAUUGAAGGCGACACUGCGGCGCACCGGCAUCAUGUCAAACCUGUCUGCAAAGCGCGAGGUUCUGGUAAAACGCGAUCUGACGAUGGACGGCGGGUUUGGCACGGGCGCCAUUGACGUAGAGAACCGGUGGCGGGACAAGCUGGACUUCCACAUCGUGGCUGAUGCCGACACAUUUGUGCCGGGCGACGAGAUGAUGGCCAAAUUCACAUUCCAGCCGCUGGUCAAAAACAUACAUCUGACGAAAAUCGGCGUGCUACUGAAGGAAUACGUGCGGUGCCAUACGCCGAUGGGCGAUGCCGAGAAGAUGGUGUCGCGGGCAGUUGCGUUCUCCGAGGUGUACGUUGCGCCGACGACGCCCAGGUCGGAGUCGGCAGUGCCGCUGUCGUCUGGUAGUGAGGCAGUGCCGCCCAUGACACACUCCAACACAUCGCCAUGCAUGGCGGGCGAGAUCAGACCACCAAUGCAGGCACACACAUCGACGCACAGUGGGCCGUCAUCGGUAUUUGGCUCACUAAUAUCGCAUUACCACAGCACACACUCUAGCAACAAUAGCAGCAGCGUCAAUCUCCCGUCCUCCAGCAGCAGCCGGCUGCAGCAGUCACCACGCUUCGGCGGCAUCAGCCUGCUGCCGCUCGACCACGGCCACCCGUCGCUGGCAAAGUACGAUAAGAGCGCCGGAGCCUCGGGCUCGCGCACCCCCACGUGUGCUCCACCGGGCAUCGACCUGACACACGCGGUCGAGGAGUCGAUCCGACUGAAGGUGCCCGAGGCAUUCAAGCGGCUGCAGUACGACCACAUAUCGUCGUAUAUUGAGGUGACGCACAAGCUCAAGUUCUCGAUCCAUUUCAAGGACCCUGACAAUCAUCCGCACACGCUGUGGAUCAGCGUGCCGGUCUCGAUUGUGCCGGUGAUCGCCGGGUCCACUACCCACGGUGCGCUGGAUGAGCGCGUGGCCGUCGGAACCGCUGAUCCCAACCCGCCAACAUACGACGAGCUCCUAUCAGAAGUCAACUCGGCCGCAUCAUCCAUCGCCCCUCUUUCGCGACCACCCACUGCCAGCCUGCGGUCCACCGACGACAGCCCCGUGGAGUCCGUCCCGCCCUCUGACACUGAGGGAGCAGCAGAGCAGCAGCCCGUGCCGUCAAUCGACGUUGUGGGUGCGGGCAGCCGGAGCUCGAGUGACUCGGAGCCGCGCAUUAUCGUGCCGCCAGCGUACUCGUGCCGGCGCCAGAGCCGCAACCACCUGAUGGUGGAUGGGGACCGCCCGCAGGUGCACCCGGUGGCGCUGCAGAACUUUUUGCGCCGCAGCGUGGUGAUGUUCCCGGCGUCGACCGAGGCCACCCCAGUGCAUUCGCCGUCGGGCUCGCCGAUGGCGUCGCCGUUGAUGAAGGCGACCGCUGACAAUAUGCUGCCAUCGCUGGCCACAUAUACGAUGGCAUCCCCGUCAGGAUCUCUCCAGGACCAGAGCCGGCUGGCCGACGACCUGUCGGUACUCAACAUCCGCAUGCCUGAACGCACCCACCCGCACACAAAGUAAAAACUCUAAUUGUCUAAUAUCACGCAUUU